CCUUUGAAGCAGAUGAUAUCACAAAAGUGACAGCUCCGUUCAGAUUGUUUGUUUUGUUGGUUGAUGACGCCUCGCAUGGAUGUGUUCUUCACAGUUAAGUUAAAGUAAUGCAAUGGACGCUACCCGGAACGAAGCCGUGGCCGGUCCUUCCACAGUUAAGACUUGGAAAAGAAACCACAACGGACAGCGCCUUUCACGGAAAACGGUCAGCGAUACAGAUCGGCAGCGUAUCGUGAACGCAUUUUUGAAUGGUUUUACGCCAAGAACCAUUAGCGAAAUGCUCAGCGUCAAACUGUCCACCGUGUACGGCAUCCUGAAACAGUAUCAGCAAACGGGAAAGGUUGCCGCCCUGAAACGGGGUGGUAACCAUAAGAAAAUACUUUCCGACGAAGCUGCGGCUAGCAUUCGCGAGUGGCUGGAGGAAGACCGUAACCUGUCCCUAGGCACGCUUACCGACCGACUGUGGGAACAGUACCACGUACGCGUAUGUCGGUCAACUGUUGGACGUGAGAUAAAACGGUUGAAAAUACCGCGGCGCCUGCAGUUUAAUCGCGAAGCAGCGAGAAGAAAGUUUCAUGCAGUAUCGCAGAACGAAAGCGUCUCUACUGCAGUGAACGAAUGUCCAGCGUCCAUAAAGGAGGAAGAAUUCAGCUCCAGCGACAUAGAUGAUAUCGAACUCGGAGAAACGAUAUUAACUUCUGAGGAUAACGGAACCAGCUAUUUUGAAGCCCAUCCGAUGGAGACAGAUCCACUGGAAAGCAAUCCUGAGAGCACCAAUACCAUCGCAAAGCAACUAUCAGGCGAUACAUUUGGGCGGCAAGGGAAUAAUGACGAAAGCGAAGCCUGUACCUAUACUUUACAAAUGCUGGAUGAACCAAACAUUACCAAAACCGUAACGGUUGCUCUGCCUGGCCAGAAUCUGCCAAUGGACAAACUUAAAGGACACACUGAUGGAAGCGGUACGCAUACGUUAACGGUGAACGGCAACUCUAUGGACGGUCCAACUCAGGAGCGUGCAGCUGAUGCACCAAAAACGUGCACCCACUGCAUUUGUUUUUAUGAGCUUGUGAACGAGCAGAAAAAGAUGUUUGAGCUCAUUUUAAACUUCCAACAAAAAGUGGUUAACGACAUCCAGGAGGUAAAGCAAACGGUAGUACAAAAACUGAAAGAUUUGGAUGUUGUAGUUAAAAAACAAUGAAUCGUGAUCGAACUGGACCUCGGCUAUGUGAAAGGAAUUAAAUAGAAAUUUUAUGUUGGGGAUAAGGUUUGUUUCAGAACCAUAUGAAAUGUAUUCCGAUCUCAUCACCGAUUCACGAUCGGUCGCUCAAACCAAUUUAAUUUACGAAGAACUUACCUACUGAUGUCGCUAAAACGACUUGAACUUUAUUGUUCUUGUAAAAAUAAUCCCGACUAUACAGCCAGGUGAUUCAUAACCAAAAAAAAAUUAAAUAAAACUACAAAUAAGGUGAAUGAAAGCGACCAAAUCGCUCUCAUUUUUCAAAAAUCUA